AUGCUUCCAUCCUUAACAAAGUUGAAUUAUGUUACAUCAGAAUGGUCAGAUUCUGAAUUAAGUUUAUUACUGAGUGCGUUAAAAAGAGAUCGUUCAUUUUCAACACGUGAAUUAGCUGAAUUCAUACAGACAAAAAAGAAAACAGAGAUUAGAGAACUUAUAGCUUGCCUUAUGGAUGUAGAUGAGAAGAAUUUACAGGAUCCACAAAUUACUGUACCGGAAGUUAAACCUGAAGGAUCAAUUGAUAUUUUAUUACAAAUAACUAGACACAGUUGUACUGAAUACUAUAAUUAUAGUAUGGCAUUAAAUGAAGUUCUCCAGCGAGCUUCUACGUGGGAAAGUGUAGAAUGUCGUAAAAUCAAUAAACGAGAUCCAGACCCUAUAUAUUUACCUUAUGCACAGGUUUAUCGGUUUUUUUCUUCGUUGGUUUGUGGACAACCAUUACCAAAUCUAUCUGACUUGUCGUCUGGCGCCUUUCUAGAUCUUUUAACAUGUUUAGACAGAAUUUUAAACUUUGUCAAUACGAGCAAGAAAAGUGAAAAUUCUAAUCAGAAUUCCCAUUUAUUAAUUGAACAACUUCAAAAUGCGAAUAAAAUCGCUACUGAAAAAAUAGGUGUAUUUUUAGCAUUGGCCGCUGCUAUUCAAUUGAAUUCACGUUUAUGUUCACGACGUGGAUGUGAUAUUACAGAAAACUUUGAUGAACACUGUAUUGCUCCACUGUUUUUAUUAUCUAAAGUGAAGCAUCCUAAUACACUGAAACAAACUCGUGAAAUGGUCGAAUAUCUAAUUAAUCGAUUUGCGAAAUUAUGGUCAUUGCCAAAAUUCCCAUGUCCACAAAAUGGUUCAUUUGCUUCUGAAGGAGAAUUAAAUAUUCAGUCGACUGAUUUACCAGAUGCCUUAUUCAAACGUCUUAGUAUGUUUUCACUGAAUCCAUUUUCAUUCCCAAUGGAAGUGAUGUCUCCUUUUCAAAAAAUCUUAGAUGAUUUUCGGCAUAUAUGUUCAAGCAGGUUCAGUUAUUUAAAUCGCUUCAAAUCAAUUUUAUACAUUUCCUUACCGAUCGGACUUCAACAUUCUGUCAAACGAUCCACACCAUCACAACCUAUAAAAGUUGUUAACCAAUGGAAAAAGCGUCGAAUUGAAAAGUCAUCGACCAAGAGUCGACCAACAUUACGUCAUAAAGCGUUGGAGAGUUCUGCACCUUUGAGUAAUUUGACAACAUUGAGUUUUGAUGAAAAUACAAAUCAAGUUGGCAGCAAUGCAUGUAGUGAUGAGAAAGCUGAUUUGAAAGUUAACCUAACAUCACGUCGCUUUGUAAACUGGUGUCCAGGAACACAUUUCAUUCGUGUUUCAGAUCCAGCAGAAGAUGAAGCUGUCAAGAUGCUCAUGAAUAGGCAUAUUCAAGUGAAAACAAAAAGCACGAGAAAAUUGAUAUAA